ACGUUAUUCUGUCGUCUGCAGUUCACCUGUCAGUCCCGCGUUCACUCCCGUCGUCUGUUCCGGGUUCGCGUUUCCGGAGGACGUGUUUAUCUUUCGUCUGACCGCAUCGUCGAUUAGUAGGCGCGCAUGUGCCCGUACGCGGCUCGACCUCUCGAGGCAUGGCGCGAACCUAACACGCGCCUUUGAGGACCGCUCGUCUUUCCUGGUAUGCCCAUAUUCGCGAUACACACGUACAUAGGUUAGGCGAAGAUGAGGAGCUUCGUCAACAUUUUGAAGAUGCUCGUCGCGUUUCUCUACGAUUACGCGCGCGGGUUGUCUUACACCGUGACGACGAUACUCGUGCUGUGUUACUGCCUGCACCCGGCGCGAUUCGCGUCGCACUACACCUUCGUCAGGACCGAGAACAUCUACGACGAGAUGGAGAGGUCGUACCCGCCGAGGGAUAACUCGUGCGCGAUCUCCGUCAGCGGCAGGCGAGCCUCGCAGUUGCUCUACCCGGAGGAGCAUCCCCGAGAGGACCCGGUGACGAUGGCGAGGCGACUGGGCAUAUUGCCAGGUGGCCAGUGGAAGCCGCUCAACUGCCAUCCGCUCUUCAACGUGGCCAUCAUACUGCCGUACCGCAACCGGCAGAGCCAGCUUGCAAUCUUCAUGAAUUACAUACAUCCGUUUCUGCAGGCGCAGAAUCUCGACUAUCGGAUAUUCGUGAUCGAGCAGAGCCCGAUGCGCGAGUUCAAUCGUGCCAAGCUAUUCAACGUUGGCUACGCGGAGGCUACCAAGAUCAACGACUUUCACUGCUUCAUCUUCCAAGACAUAGACUUGAUACCGCAGAAUCCUGACAAUAUCUACGCCUGCACCAAGAUGCCCAGGCACAUGAGUUCUAGUGUAAAUACUUUUCGAUAUAAUCUACCGUAUACCAGCCUGUUCGGCGGCGCAAUAGCAUUAACGAGGAAACAGUUCGAGAGGGUAAACGGCUUUUCCAACGUUUUCUACGGCUGGGGUGGCGAGGACGAUGACUUUUACAGUCGUUUACAAUCGAGGGGUUUCCAGAUUACGCGCUUUGGACCCGACGUCGCGCAGUAUUACAUGUUAACGCAUAAGAAGGAGCCUCCCAGUACCGCAAGAUUCGCGAAUUUGGAGAGCGGUGCUCGAAGAUACGACACCGAUGGACUGAGCAAUCUCGAGUACAAGGUGCUGAACCAUCAGUUGCGACCGUUGUACUCUUGGAUUUUGGCAGACGUGUAACUUAUAAGUUCCUUAUCUUAUACAUAUCUUUCUUGUGUAAAUUGAUUGCGAUUGAUUGAUAAUUAUGAUAAGUUACGAUAGCACACUUGUGCUAUCUUUUUAAAGUAUUGGAACAAAUCUUAAAUCCGCUAGAUUCAAUGAACAAAUAUAAUUAUUAGCAUGCUGUGAUAGAGCACUUUGAUUGAAUCGUGCAAGAAUAUUUAUCAAUGAGGAGAAUGCACGCUGCACUUUGGUGUAUUAAGACUUUUCAGCAAUCCAGAAUUGCAAAAGACGUGUAGUGUGUUGUGUAUUGUAUUUAAAAUCACAGACACUUUCCCAAUAGCAUUACUACUGUGGUAAUACAAUAACGAUAAUCAAUUAAUAGUUUGUAUAAAGAUUUAAAAGAUAAUAUAACGUAAUAAUAAUAUAGUUACGUAAUUGAUAACUGUUUGAAGACUGUAAUCAUUAAAAAGCAUUCCCUUCGGGUAGUCCAUUAAAAUGCAAGAAAGCAAUAUGACUUAAAGACACAUAAUAUUCAAGUGUACAUUCACUAUAUUUACUGUCGCAUUGUUUGAUCUCAUUUUAAUCAUAUUUAUCACGUAAACGUAUUAUAAUUAAUUGAUAUUAUAAUAAUAAACGUAUUAUAAUUAAUUAAUUAAUAGUACAAACAGAAAGUACGUUGUUGAGUCUGUAAUCUUUAUAUAUUGUGAAAGUCUUUGACUCGAUAUCUUAUCUCAUAUCCAAAGAUAUUCUCUGAUCUUUUACGUUAUAAGAUUCUAAUAAUAAUCAGCGUUCAGUACUGACUGUUCCUAUUUUAGAUGUAAAAUAAAUAUGAUUGGAUUAUACAAAACUGAAAUUCCAUACAGUAUUGCGUAGACUUAGAUGUAAUUAAAUUAGAGAAUUAUCUCUAAUAUUGCUCAGUUUUAUCAAUGUUUAGAAAUUACCAAUUUAUUAUUACAAAAGUCUGGUCUCCUAUUAAAUUAUGAGUAAUUUAAUACAGGAUACUGUGUUGUUUUGCAUUUUCAAAUAUAAUAGUUGUGAUAGGUGAAAAUAAUAGUAACAAGAUAAUUACUGAUAAGUGGGUUGUAACAAAGUAUUGUAGAACAAUAACACGUUUGUUAAUUAAGCAUCAGAGAGAACAUGACUGUGGAAAUGCAGGUGUUGAAUAUUAUAGAAAUAAAUGAGACAAUUAAUAUAUAAUGUAACAGUACUGAUUUACAAUUUGUGUGUCUACGUACGCAUGAGCAUUUAAGAUAAUAUUAUACAUUAUAUAUAUAUAUAUAUGAGAAAUAUAUAUUUGACAAUGUAGUAAAGAAUCAUCGAAGCGAUGUAUUGCUAUAUUUGAAGCAUGAUUGUAAAGAAGGCAAAACUUCAAGUUCACUUUAACACCAAUGUUUCCAAUUUCUUUGAGUUUUAAAAAAUGUAUCAUUGUAUUGACACGUAUUACAAGCACAUCUAUUUCUAUGUCCGAUAUCUUCUCGUUACACGUUUGAAUUUUAUAACAAUCCCAAAAAAAUAUCGGUAGCUUAUUUGUGAUAUAUGUAAAAUAAACACACACACAUACACACUAUUUCGAAAUUUAUACAUGUAUCUUAAUAUAAACUAAUUUAUUAGAUGUCCACUUUUCAAUACUGUUUUUAAACGUGUUAGGUAUGUAACCAUUCCUAGUCAGUCUCUACAGUAAUGAAGUUGAAUGUAGACGUUGCGUAUUAACAUUAUUAAAUAGUUUAGAUGUAGUAGAAACAGAUUGACAAGAUAUAAAAAUUAGAUAUCACACACAAUACUUUAUAUAUAAUUAUUGUAAAAUAUAAUUAUGGUAAUUACUGAUAGAUAUUUUACUUUUGUAUUGUUCUUUGUAAUUCUUGACGAAAAUAUUUAUGAGUGUACGUUUGUGUUAUUUAUUUUGUAAUUGUAGUUGUAUUAUUCUCAUAUGAUGAGAAUAAUUCAUUGUUAGAGAAGGAGCUUUUGAUCAGCCUAUACGAGCCAGUUCCAAAAAUCUAAUGUGUAUAAGAAGGUAACAUGUCUUCAAUACGCAAGCAAUGUAAUGCCGCAUGUUUAUUUAUUACUUUUUCUUGAUUUAUUUAUUCGAUACAUGGAUCUCGCAGAGUGACUUUUAGAAAAAUAACAAUACAACGUAAGAAUUGUGUUAGAAAUAUGUACGUAUAGACAAGUGUGAUGUACGAUUUUCAAAAUGUGACAAAUAGCAUAAUAAAAAAUGAAAAAUG